AUGUUAAACCAGGGAUACCUGAAAGAACUGCUGAGCGACCGAGGACGGGCCAACUUCGCUCGUGGACGCGAUCAACCUCUGGGACCUCCAAAACCACCAUCACCAGCCCGUACCAUACAAAUGAUCAUUGGUGGUGGCGAUGACACGAUGAUCAACCAUGUGAAGUUCACCACCACACAAAAACUCAAACGGACAGUCGCCCAUGAAUGGUAUGAUGACCUCGAAGAUUGUAUCAUCUUCGAUAAGUCAAAUACCAACAGUUUGUCUUUCCCUCACUAUGAUACUUUAGUUAUAACUUUACGCAUCGCGGAUACCGACGUAAAAAGAAUAAUGGUGGAUGACGAAAGCAACACGUGUAUUAUUCACCCACGAGUUCGCAUGCAGAUGAGGCUUGAAUAUAAAAUAGUACCGCAUUGCAUAACACUGACGGGUUUUAAUAAUGCAGUGGAACGAACCUCUGGAGAGAUAGUGCUACCUAUCCUGGCAGGAGGAGUCACCCUGGAGACGACGUUCCAUGUCAUGAACUAG